AAGACUCAUUUUCCCUCGCUGCAAAUAAGAGCUUCGAGUGUGGAGGAGGCUGAGCUCGCAGCGGUACUGAAGAGUGAAGACCUACCUCCCCCAUCUCAUCGGCUGCAAUCUCGCCGGCAUCUGGUACGUAAAGGAAAGAAAGAGGCUCUGGAGAGGGAAGCAAUAUGGAUUACAGCUUAGCAGCGCUGAAACUGCUGAGCUUCCAAUUGAAGGAGGCCAUCGAAGCCACAUCAUCCUCCUCGUCCUCGUCCUCGUCCUCAUCUUCUUCUCACAACGCCUUCACUCUUGGUGGCCUCCUCUUUCAGCGAGCCUGGUUACAGGGUGUUCUGGUCUUGGUGCUUGACAAAGAGCGGUUGUUGAUCGAUGAUGGAACUGGAGUCGUCGAGCUCUCUCUACCCGGCGAGUUUCGCCUCCGCCCCUGGAAAGUAGGAAUGUAUGUAAUGGUUGUUGGAGCAUACUUUAUGCGUGCAGGAGAGCUCCCUAUGAUUAAGGUUCACAAGAUGGUUGAUCUCUCGGCAUUUCCAGAUCGAGAGGCCAUGUGGUAUCUUGAAGUUCUUGAGGCCUACAGAUUGUUCUACAAACCAUUGAUCGAAGAGUAAAAUGGGAUUGGCUUUUAUUGGUAGCAUGGAAUUCCCUCACUCCCUCGUAGCCCAAAAGCAUGUGCGAUCCAUCCCAAGUUCAUUGUCUAUCCCUGUACACUGCAAUGGCCUUGUACUUUGCCUUCAGUAAUGAAUUCGAGGUGAAUUCACUUGCCCAC